AUGGAAAUAGUUGAAACCGAGGUUGAAACCUGUUCUAAUAUUGAUAAUGGUGACAGUAAUUUGAAAAAAUAUAACAGUACUGCUAUUGAAAAUGAAAGAGAAAAUCUGAAUAGUGAUAAUGAUGUCAAUGCUUCAAAACAAGACAAUGAAAAAAAUCAAGUUAAUACAAUUGAAAAUGUUGAUACCAUGGAAAUAGUUGAAACCUCUUCAAAUAUUGAUAAUGAGGCUACUGAUAUGUUUAUAAAACCUAGAAGUAUUAAUUUACAAGCUUUUGGUCAUUCCAUCCUCAUCACCGAAACCAACAUUCCAUUCAGACCUUCAAAAUUGUACAACCGUAAGGAUGGAGGUCAUCGUAAAUGGAUAUCUUAUUGUGUUAAGAAAAAAGCUUUAUUUUGCAAUAUAUGUCUUUGUUAUGGUGAUGGUUCUGGAUCAUUUUCCAAAGGAUUUUCUGUCUGGAAACAUGUAUAUGAGCGAGUCAGUGAUCACGAAGAAACAAUAACACACAAAUUAAAUGUUGAUGCUCAUUUGAUGAAAAAGCAAUUUUCCUCAGUGGAUUCACUUUUAACACACGGACUUGGUUCAAUAAGAAAAAUACAAGUUGAAAACAAUCGAAAUGUAUUACUUCGUCUUAUUGAUGUGUUAAAGUUAAUUGGAAAGCGCGGACUAAGUUAUAGAGAUAAAGUUGUAAAAAAAAGUUUAAAAUGUCAUAAUUCUGGAGCCCAACAAGGAGGAGGUCAAGUUACUUUUUUAUCAAAAACUACAAUUAAUUAUAUUCUUGAAAUUAUUGCUAAAAAUAUCAAAUUUACAAUUUCUAAUGAAGUGAAAGAUGCUGUAAUAUAUUCUGUACAACUCGAUACAACACAAGAUGUACAGAUCAAUGCUCAAUAA